AUGUCCCACCUCACAUACUACAACUACCCCGGCGUGGGCACCAGAAACCAGGAGACUUUCCGAUACAGCCAGGCAGUGCGAGUAGGCGAUCGUAUCGAAUGUGCCGGACAAGGAGGCUGGGACCCCACAACAGGAAUCUUCCACAGAGAAAUCAACGCGCAAAUCGACCAAGCCUUUGCGAACGUCGAACUCAACCUGAAGCACGCCGGCGGGAAAGGCUGGAGCCAGGUCUUCCGGGUGAACUCGUACCAUGUGCCGAUUAACAACGAGGCGCUGGACGCCAUGGUCAGGAACUUUAAGCGCUAUAUGCCGGACCAUCAGCCGAUUUGGACGUGUGUGGGGGUGACGAGGCUUGGGGAGGAUGAUAUGCGGGUCGAGAUUGAGGUGACGGCGCAUGUUCCUGGGGAGGAAUAG